GUACGCUAGAGGGAGUUCAGUUGAAUGAAUUUCUCUUAACAUUGACUCCUGUUUAGGACUAAUAAACAGUCGAAAUUAAUUGUAAAAUUUUUGAAAUUCUUUAUAAAAAUAUUGAAAAUUAAACGUUUUUUUGAUUAAUUUACACAGAAAUGGAGCCUUUAAGCUAACGAAAUAUCGGCGAAAACCGCCAUGUUAAUACCAAAACAUUUAUACUGAAGUCGUAGAAAAUUGUGAAAUCGAGCCACUCCAAAAAGUCCAAACAUGCCGGACCUCAAAAUAGCUGUAGUAUGUUCCAGUAAUCAAAACAGAAGCAUGGAAGCACAUGCUUUCCUCAGCAAAAAAGGAUUCAAAGUCAGGUCGUUCGGCUCGGGAACCCAAGUAAAGUUGCCCGGGGCAGCACCAGAUCGACCGAACAUUUAUGAUUUUACUAUUUCGUAUGAACAGAUGUAUCAAGAUUUAUUAUUGAAAGAUAAAGCCUUAUAUACCCAGAAUGGCAUUCUCCACAUGCUCGACAGAAAUCGACGCAUCAAAUCCCAUCCCGAGCGCUUCCAGACUUGCUAUGAGAAAUUUGAUGUGAUCUUUACUGUAGAAGAGAGAGUGUAUGACCAAGUGGUAGAAGAACUCGCUUCUAGAACACCAAUAGAAAACACGCCCGUUCACAUAAUUAAUAUAGAUAUUCAAGAUAAUCAUGAAGAAGCAACUAUAGGAGCAUUUCUUAUAUGUCAAAUGACGCAAAUGAUGUCCGACUCAGAAGAUUUAGAUAAUGACAUUGAUGAGUUGCUCCAGGACUUUGAAGCUAAAGCUCAAAGAAACAUUCUACAUAGUAUACAAUUCUAUUGAAGUUUUUUAUAUUGGUUUACGUCCCAUUGCAAUGCCAAAUGAGCAUUUAAGAAAAUAGUUUCAUUUAUCCCGUACACCCAGGUUACAUUCAUGGUUUUAUAAUUAAAAACAACAAGGAAACAUUUUUUCUGUAGAAAUUUUUAAUAAUUUAUGUUUGCAUAUUUGUCAGUUUAUUGUUUGCACAUCCGGGACAAGUGUGGAGGGUGUCAUGAACGA